AUGCGUAGCAUGCGGUCCGGCGUGGGACAGAUGUCCAUGGCCGGUAGCAUGAUGUCCCAGCAGCCCUCCGAACAGUUGGACUUGGGCGAUGUCCUGGAUCAGGCCGGUGCGAAGCUCAUGAGUGAGCGGAAGCUGGCAUUUGAGCUGGAGGUCAAAGUCCAGCUGGCUGAGGAUCAGCUUGAUCGCGCGCGCAUCGAGCAGCUGCACAGAGAUGACAAGAAGCGCAAGGAAGCUGGUAUGGUCAAGAACACCAUCAAGGCAUUGAAAAUGGAGAUGCAGAAGUGCCAACAGCGAUUUGACUACCUACAGGCUCUCUUCGAGUCCGAGCAGGUGCAGCUGACCACAUCCGUGCACCGAAAGUCCUCGGAGCUGAAAAACCGACGGAUGGACUUAGCCAGCACCUUCGCACGGCCUAUUCUGGAGUCCGCCCUGGUCGGAGAGGAUGGUGUCGAGAUGGCUGCGCAGAAGGCUAUCGACGAGAAGUGCGCGACCCUCGAGGAGGAGUUUGAAAGCUUCACGAAAGCCCUGGAGAGGAGCCAUGCAAGAGAGAGUUUUCAGCUGACGACACCUUUCCAGCAGUGGUUUCAGGAGAAGGAUGCCGAAAGCGAACUUGCAGCUGCCGGCAAGGCGAGAUGCAUCUCUGAUAGCCGGCAGAAGAGGAACAAGAUCCAGGGAGAGUUGAUCUCCGCAUGGGACUUGGCACAGCGCCUCUUCAAGAUCGUGGAGGCGCAGAGUGCUGGUGUGCCCAAUGAAGAUCGCUGCAAGGUGCAUCGCGUGGACCCGAGCAUGCCAGUGGUUACCAUGCCGCUAGUUGGCUCGAAGCCCUCCUCGAGAAGAUCCUCCAAAAACACCGCCGGGGAAGGCUCUAAAGAGGAGACGUCUCCGCGCACGUUGGCUGGCAAGAUCGCGUCGCUCCUCGUGGGACUGCCGGACCCACCGCUGCGAUCCGAUGCAAAGGAUAUUCGCGAGCAGCUGUGCAAGACGCCUGUGCAACCUUCCGGCCAAGAUACUCUGCAGCCCUGCCGACCCAGCGCCCCAACGCAUCGGCCCACGAGCGCGGGCUUCGCGCGAAGCCGGGCGAGCAGCGAAACCGCCGGUUCUGCUACGGCCACCUCAAUCAGUGGCGAAGAU